AUGGCCAAACGACACUUGGGGCUUGGGAAGGCGCUGAAAAACAACAAGAAGGCCAAGACGGUGGAGGAUGCAGUGAAGGACGAAGAGAAACACGACCAGGGCCAAUUGACGGUGGAGCUCGCCGAAGAGGCCGACGCCGACGACGACUUGGGCCAGCUCAAAGCGUUGUGGAACACCUACGCCGACGGCGACCGUGAUAACGAAUUAAUGGUUAAUGGCGUCAUCCAUGAGUGUGACCGUAUUUUAAGAGCCCACGACAACGCUGAGAACACCGACAGAAUUGAGCUUCCCGACUACUUCCAUGCCAUUUACGGCCAGGCGCUCGCCGAGCUCGCUAAGUUCCACAGUGACGAUAACGAUAAGGUUGAUGAAUAUUUCAAGGCCAGUAUUGAACGGCUCGACUUGGGGUUGCAAGCUCACCCGCGGCUGAUUGCCAUCCAGUUUGCUAAGGCCCGCGUGCUUUGUGAACAGCUUCCAUUACAGUACAUCAGUCGUCUUACUAUGGACAGUGAAGGUGAUUUACUGCCGAAACUCGACACUGCGUUGGAGUGGUACGAAAAGGCGGAAUCCCAAGCGACGAUCGAAGCCAACUACGCCGUGUUUGACGACCACACUUUGGAGAUCUUACAGAUUGUCGAUGACACUUUAGAGAUUGUGGAUAAUUUCGGUAAACCUCAACACGACGAAGAAGACGGUGAUGCUCAUGACGAAAACGAGGAAGAAACUGAAGCUCCGGAACUCCCCAUGACUCACCCGCUCUACAACAUUAGAGAGAUGGACAAGUACAACAACUGGUGGCGCGAACACACGGUGAAAUUCAUGCUGAUGGUCGAGCACCAACUCCACGGCGACGGCAUCAAAAUUGAUGAAAACGAGGUCCCUAAGCCUGAGCUUUUGAAAAAGCACGCGAAGCGGGUGGCGUUGCGUCGUAAGUUGUGUGGGCUUUUGGGCCAACUGUACUUGCAAGAAGCCGAAGUGCCGCUGCUGGUGUACACUCUGCUCAAGUAUGACGACGACCACAAAGACGAUAAAGAACUCCACGGGUUAUCUCUCGAAAAGGCGCAAGCUUUGGCCCAGGAACUGCUUAAGACCGCCAUCAAGUACUUGGACUGGGCCGUCGACGAUGACGACCCCGAAACGUGGGUGGCUGUUGCCGAAGCGAAGAUCUCGUUGGGUAACAUGUACGAACUCGAUUCUCCCGAACAGGAACAAUACUACAAGGAAGCGGAGGCGACGUUGAAGCGGGCUAACAAUGCCAGCAACGGUAAAUACCAGGAGAUUUUAGAAGGGUUGUUGUCCAAGGAGGACGACUAG